AUGUCUCAACAUCCUUCAUCAUCUGGUUCCAAAUCCUCCCAACAUGCGAAGACUCCAUCUAUGGGGUGUGUAGAUGAAGAUGUAAUGGACGUCACUCCUCUGUGCAUGAUAUCGGGCGACACCACAGGUACCUCCUCCAAUGCUGGAGAUAAGCAAGGUAAUACCUCUGGUAACUCCUCUCUUCCUAAAGACAUGUAUUACACUGAUCGCGCUAUAAGGAGACUGGUUACUAGAAUACUGAGUGAAGGACAUAUAGUUGAAGGGGUCUCUACCCCUCUGUCCAGAAGGGAACCCUCUCCUGAGGGUAAAACCCAUGCUGAUAAAGAUGAUGAUCCAUCUAGAUCAGAAAAAGAGGUGGCAGCUGAAGGGCUUUGCUCUCUAGGUAAAACCCUACCUAGUAAGAAACAAAAUGUGCCUCAAGAAGAUAUUAUUGAUCUAGAGGAAGAAAACACUGAAGGAGAGGAUGAUUCUUUGGUUCAUCUGGUUAAACCGAGCAUAGCUGAGAAACUGAGAGCUAAGAAAGGGAAAAGUAUGGCUAAUAUGAGAGCUGCUAGAGUGAAAACGGCUGCAGGAAUAGGACCCUCAAAACCCUGGAGCAAGGUUGAGGUUAAGAAAAGAAAAGAAAGAGACAACUCUGACUCUGAGGAGGAUGUUAAAGACGAUGUCCCAGACAUCUCCCCUGCAAAAAGGCAGGCUGUUCAAAAAUCUCCUGGCAAGGCUACUGCUGUCCAUAUAGACAAUAUCUCCUUCCAUUUGGAAGAUGGAGCAGCAAAGUGGAAAUAUGUCAUUCAGAGAAGAGUAGCCAUUGAAAGAGAACUUGGUCAAGAAGCUGUAGAGGUAAAGGAGAUAAUUGAGCUGAUCAAAAAUGCUGGGCUCAUGAAGACUGUGGUAACUCUACCCCAAUGCUAUGAGGGGCUGGUUAAAGAAUUUAUUGUUAAUAUCCCUGAGGAUAUUCAUGAUAAGAACAGCAGGGAGUUUUGCAAGGUUUAUAAGAGGCAAAUGUGUAAAAUUCUCCCCAAGUGUCAUCAACAAGUUCCUAGGGAGAGGAAUGAAUGGAGGAGUAGAUCUAGAAACCACAAACAAUGA